UUUUUUGCACCUUCUAGCAGCUUUUUUAUUCAAAGAUUGAAACUUUAUUCAGUAAAAAAGAAGUCUUGGUACUCUGGUGAUGUUUACUUAACUUUCUUUCUUGUUUAGUCUAUUUAAUAAUUCUGUUUUUAAGUACCAUUUUGGCCCAUAGGAUUAGAUAAUUCUGUUUAUCAUAACAUUUUGGCUUGUGGGGUUUUCAAGAUUUGAUUUGUUUUUUAAUCAUUUUGAUGGAUUCUGGCAGUAUAUAUUCAAAUAUGAGUCCUAGUAUGUUAGGAUUAGAAAUGUCAUUGCACCAUCAAAUCCCUCAACAACAGAACCCUCAUCACCACAUGCAGCCCCACGCCCCACCCCCACCCCACCCCCAACCCUCACCCCACCCCAUAGUUUAUCAAGAAACUGCAAAAAAUAGUUUCCCAUUUGGUAACAAGGCUAAAAACCAAAGCUUGAAUUUUAGUGAUGAUGAUGAGCCUAACAAUAGUGCUGAUGAUGGGAAAAGGAGCAAUAGUAAUAGUAAUAGUAAAUCUUGUCCAUGGCAAAGAAUGAAGUGGACUGAUAAUAUGGUUAGGUUGUUAAUUAUGGUUGUUUAUUAUAUUGGUGAUGAAGUUGGUUCUGAAGGAAAUAAUACCAAUAAUGACCCUAGUGGAAAAAAGAAAAGUGGUGGUGGGGUUUUGCAAAAGAAAGGUAAGUGGAAAUCAGUUUCAAGGGCAAUGAUGGAAAGAGGAUUUUAUGUGUCACCACAACAAUGUGAAGAUAAAUUUAAUGACUUGAAUAAGAGGUAUAAGAGGGUUAAUGAUAUUCUUGGUAAAGGUACUGCUUGUAGAGUUGUGGAGAAUCAAAGUUUGCUUGAAACAAUGGAUCAUUUGUCACCAAAAAUGAAAGAAGAAGUGAAGAAGUUGUUGAAUUCUAAGCACUUGUUUUUUAGAGAAAUGUGUGCUUAUCAUAAUAGUUGUGGUCAUACUAGUAAUAAUGGUAGUGCUAGUGGGAGUACACUAAUUGUUGAGGCUCAUCAAAACCAAGUAGAGCAACAAAGGUGUUUGCAUUCAUCAGAAAAUGCAAAUGCAAAAAUUGAGGCUAGUUUUGCAAAAGGGCCAAAAAUGCAAAAAGUGGCUAGUGGGGAAAAUGAUGAUGAGGAUGAUGAUGAGGACGAUGACGAAGAUGAGGAGGACGACGAUGAUGAGGUGUCGGGUCACCCCCAACACCACCAUGGCCACGACGACGAUGAUGACGUGGAUGAAAGAUCAAGAAAGAGGCAAAAAAUUGGAUCUUUAUUAUCACCAAUGGUACAACAAUUGAGUACAGAAUUGGCUAAUGUGAGUCCACUUGAGAAGAGGCAAUGGCUAAAAACUAAAAUGAUGCAAUUGGAAGAACAACAUGUUGGCUAUUUGUGUCAAUCUUUUGAGCUACAAAAACAAAGAUUGAAAUGGGAGAAAUUUACAAGCAAAAAAGAAAGGGAAAUGGAAAGGGAAAAGCUUAUAAAUGAGAGGAAAAAAUUGGAGAAUGAAAGAAUGGUGCUUUUGUUGAAGCAAAAAGAGCUUGAGCUUCUUGAUUUUCAUCCAAAUGUUAACAAUAGAAAUAGUGAUCCUUCUUCUGUUACUGGAUGAAAAGUUGUUGAUCAGAUACAAUAUGUAAAUAAUAUAUUAUAUGCUUUUGCCUAGUGUUUACCAAAUUUGAAUCUUGAA